AUGACGAGUAACAACAGCAAGCCGUUGAACAGCGUUGGCGGAGGCAGUAAACAUGUUCGAUCGCAUAGUCUGAAAAGCUUUCCGGCAGUUGCCGUGGCGGUUAUCGAUAAUAGGAAACCGCCGGAUAACGUCGGCGGCGUGGCGGCUGCCGGGAGCGAUCCACAAACAACUAUGAAAAUUACAUCAACGUGGAAACAGGCAUGUGAUCGAACUAGAGAUCGAACUAAACAACUGUUACGAAGAACAAUGUCGUGGAAAAGUAAUACGAUCAUAAUGCAGCCCGAAGAACGCAAGUCAGAAGAGUCAUCCAGUACGUGGGAAAUCCAUGUAUGGGCUUCUUGGAUGAAACGUUAUGCUAGUGAAGAUGAAUCAAAAACAUUGGAUAUUCCAUUUAAACUAUCGCCUUUACAAGAGGAAAAGUUAUUGAUUUUUUUUAAAUAUUAUUUAGACGGCGAUUGCGAUGGGUUCGUAUUUGAACACGAUUUCCAUCAGUUUGCUGAGAAAUUAAGACGUUUUGCUGAUUGGUCACCGAAUAGUGAUGAAUACAUAAUAUUAAAACAAGUAUUAACGGAAUUAAUUCAAGUAUUCAUUCAAUGUGAAAGCGGCCAAAGUGUUGCGUUUACUAGUCUAUCAACAGACGACUGGCUUAAAAUAUGGUGUCAAACAUUAAGCAAGUGUACCGUAGCUUCAGACAUGCCAUUGUGGCUGAAAUAUUUUCAGAACAUAUUGUAUAAGUCUUUGGAUUCAGGUAAAGGCGAAAUAGAAAAAGCAAAUUUACAAAGGUUCUACUGUACGUUUCUCGAUUCAAACUGUGAGGAAGCUAAACAAGUUGUGAUCGAUGUGAUAUACGAUUCACUAACGUCAAAUGGAGACUUUAAGCUGGAUCGCGAUACUUGGGGCCAAUGUUUUGCGAACUGGUUACUGGGCACCAAACCUAAUGGAUGUGGUCAAUGGUUAUUUGGAAAAUGUGGUCCAACGCCUGAAUUCUUCCCUAUCGAUUAUUCUGCUAUGAAUUCGACGGUUGAUACAAGGGAUACUUAUUCGCAUAAAAGGCGGAGCGAUAGACAUUCCAUUGUGGUCUAA